AUGAGUGGUGUGAAUGGAUUAUUUAGAGGAGUUUCAUUGAAGGAUAUUUGUGCCUACAGUUUCCGAUCACAAAAAUUGGGAACUAAUUGGUGUCCAAUUUCAAAUGUAUUCUCCACAAGUUAUUCUCAGUUGGAAUCGUCACCAUCCAUCGAUUCUUUAUUCAAUUAUGAUGUUAAUUAUCAAUGUAGAGGAAGUGAAUGUGUUGCAUUGAUUGGUGUUAAAACAUUUUCUGGAUCCAAAUCGAAAGUAUUAACUAUUGUUAAAGCAUUUCAAGAUGGUGGUUUAACUGUUACCUCGAAUGAUCAAACAACUGGUUCUGCAAGCAUCUACACAUUGUUAAAAUCAAUGAAAGAUCCAAAUAUUACACAUUUUGAUGGAUUAAAUUCGUGGAAUCAGGUUAAGAAUGAUAACAUAUUUGCAAUUAUAGAUAUUAAUUACACUUUAAAGGUUUUUCUUGACAAGAAUUUACUAUUUAUGGUUACCAGUAGAAUUGAUGGAUUCGAAUUGAAACAAUUCAAAUUAUAUAGAAAUGUAAAGAAUUUAAAGAAUUACAUUGUAACAUUGCAUAGAAAUGUAAAGAAUCCAUCAGAUUACAUUUUAAAAUUUAAUGAAAUUUCAAAAUAUCAAGCUUAUGAAUGGUUAUUGAAAUCUAAUUCCGAAUUGAAAUUUGAAUUAUCAACCCAAAUGAUUGAUAUUAAAAAUGAUUCACCAAUGAGAAUAGAUCAAGAAUUAUUCAUAACUAAUGGAUAUUCAUCAGGAAGAAUGUUAGUUACCUUAUAUUCCCCACAUCAGGUGAGAGUUUAUGAAUUUAGUGAAAAUAAUUCUACUGAACCAAUUGACUUUAAUAAGGAAGAUCGGUUGAAUACAUUCUAUAUGAGCUAUUCAAAAACAAUUUCAUUUGCUACUUUAAUACCAGAAACUAUUAGAAAGCCAUUUAUUGAUUUUCAAAAUUAUACGUUUCCAACUUCUCAAAAUAUUUAUAUUGCAAUUGGAUAUGAGAAUCAAAACAUAUUACUAGUUCAUCAUGUUGCUGAAUUUGCUGAUUAUUCAUCCAAUAAUUCAGUAAUUACAAAUACUGCUUCCAGAAAUAAUAAUUUCCCUUGCACGGUAAUUCAAUAUUACAAAUAUGGAAAAUGUUACAUUGCCAAUGAGAAGGCCAUUGAUGUUUCAGGUCCAAUUGAAAGUGUUUCUGUUAGAUUUACUGAUAUUGGUCAGUCCGAUUCAGCAAAUAGUGAAAAAUACUACGAUGAUAAUGGUUACUUUAUUUACAAUGUAGAAACUGAAACUGAAAUAUUUACAAAAACAACAGAAAAUGAUGAUCUUUAUACAUUCUUUCAAAAUUAUUGGCAAGAAUCUCUAUUCAUCACUACAAAGAAUACUAAUAUUGAUAUAAUUUCAUUAGCAUUUGUACAAGAUAAUGGAGGAACGGGUUAUUUCAAUUUGAAAAAGAUUAACAAUUUGAAAUUUCCAAGUCCAAUACUAUAUUUGGACCAUUCAGAGAACAACCAACAUUUGUUAGUGACAACCAGUCGUAGUAUUUUAGAUAUUUCCUCAUAUAAUCGCUAUGUAGAAGUGUGUAAAAAAUUAGAAAAAGAUCCUGAUAAUAUUUUCCUUAAACCCUUCUCAGAUAUUUGUAAGGCAAAUCCACCAACCUCAUUUGAUGAUAACAAAUUUAUUUAUUAUGCCAACACUUGUAAUCCUGGUACUAGUUGUUAUAAUAUCAAAAAGAGAAGUAUUACAUCUGACAUUAAUGAUGGACUGUAUUCGAAAGGAUUCUUAAUGCAACGUUGUCCAUCUGGGAGUUAUUGCAUUCAUGGAUUGAAAGUUCCAUGUCCAAGUGGUUUAAUAUGUGAUUAUGGAGUUAAACCUAACCCCUGUUUCAGUUAUUCGAAAACUGGAACUUAUACUUGUUUUAAUGAAGGACAGUCAAGAGUUCAGCAAUGUCCAAACUCUGCUUAUUGCAAUACAACUCAAACUGAACCAAUUUUAGCUCCGCCUAGUUAUUAUAUGAAUAUUAAAUAUUAUACCAGUGAUAGAGAUUUGAAGGAAUGUAAAAAUGGAGAUUAUUGUAAUUUGGGCAGAUUUGCAUUUGAAGAAGACAAGAGACAUGAAUAUGCUGAUAUUAGAUGUCCUGCUGAUACUUAUUGUCCAAAUGCAUCAGUGAUUGAACCAAUUCCAUGUAAAUUUUCAAACAAAUCAAUGGAUUAUUGUCCUAUUGGAACAGUUGACAAUAAAAAGGAUGUUAACAAUUCUAUCAGACCAUGUCCAGCUGGAAACUAUUGUGAAACACCUCACACAGUAGCCAAAUGUGAUCCACAACAAUUUUGUCCAAAUGGAUCCAUGACUUAUGAGCUAUGUCCAAAAGGUCAUUAUUGUCCAGAUCCAUCUCGAAAGAUAAUAUGCCCAUCAGGUUAUUAUUGUACUCCUGGUUCUAUAGUACCAAGAUCAUGUUCAUGGUUUUUGUCUCAAUGUCCAGAAGGAUCAAGUGCUGAUACAAUGACAGCUGGAGGAAUUGUUUUAUUUGUGUUAUUUAUUAUUUCACUAUUUGCAAUUGGAAUUACGUACAAAUUCCUUCAUGCUUUAUAUUUGAAAUCUUUAAAGAAUAAGGUUUAUCAUUCAGGAUAUUUGCUUAAAAAGGCAAAGAAGAGAAAUGACACACAUAUGGCCACUAGAAGUUUUAUUAACGAUGAUUUUACUGUUGAUAUUGAAUUUAAAGAUUUGGGUUUAAUUUUGAGAGGUUCUGGUAAGAAAGUACUUGAUGGCGUGACUGGUAAAAUUGAACAUGGUCAACUGACUGCUGUAAUGGGCUUAUCAGGUUGUGGUAAAAGUACAUUCAUUACAACACUCGCUAAUAGAGCUUAUUAUGGAACUACUGUUGGUAGUAUUUAUAUAAAUGGUGUAGAAGAACCAUUAUCUAAAUAUAAUAGAAGAAUAGGUUUCGUGCCACAAGAAGAUAUCAUGUUAACAACCAUGACUGUUGAAGAAACAUUAUACUUUUCGGCUAGAACUAGAUUAGAUAAAAGAAAGAGUAAAGCAGAAAUAGAAGCCAUUGUGAAUGAUGUUUUGAAAGUAUUAAGAUUGGAAGAUAUCAGACACUCCAUUAUUGGAGAUCAGGAAAAUCGUGGUAUUUCAGGAGGUCAAAGAAAGAGGGUUAAUGUUGGAAUGGAGUUAGUUGCAUCACCUGUAGUAUUGUUGUUGGACGAACCUACAUCUGGAUUGGAUAGUGCAAGCUCUAAGGAAGUUUGUGAAGUUUUACAAACCAUUGCCUCAACUGGUAUUAAUGUUAUCACUGUCAUCCAUCAACCUAGAUAUGAAAUAUUUAAAAUGUUCGAUAAUUUAUUACUUCUUGGAAAGGGAGGAAGAACAAUAUAUUUAGGACCUGUGAAUAGAGUUGAGGAAUAUUUCAAAGAGGAAUUUAAAUGUGAAAAAUCUGAGGGAAUUAAUUUUGCUGAUUAUUUGAUGGAUAUUUCAGCUGGGUUAGAGAAUAAUAUUGAUCCUAAAGAGUUACCUUCACAUUGGGAAGAGCACAAGCAGAAAUAUGAUAAUAGUAAGAGACGGAGUACAUCCAUUUUAGAUGGAGGUUUCGGAUAUCAAAUUCCAAAGAGAAAUAAUAAGGCUGUCUAUGAAGAUCCUCAAUUGAAUUAUAUAAUGCAAUUCUUAAUGUGUUUAAAGAGAAGUUUUGUUCAACAAUUGAGAAGUUUACAAAGUAUAGCUCUAGAUUUUGGAUUGAUUUUCAUUUGUGCUUCAUUCCUUUCAUUACUAUUCCAUAAUAAGGUUUACAUUGGACCAUUACCAAAGAAUGUCUAUUCACAAUGUCCAGGAGAAUUAGCAGAUGUAUGUAAACAACCAAUUGAUGAUCCAGUUGCUUCAUUUGCUGGACUAAUGUCACUGGCUAUGGCUUUGAUGGGAAGUAUGGCUGCAUUGAAAGUAUUUGGAAAGGAAUAUUUGGUGUUCUAUCGUGAAAGUCAAUCUGGAUUGGGAACUUUUGCUUAUUAUUGGGCAAAGGAUAUUUCUAAUUUAUUUAUUAACUUGUUGGCUCCAUUUGUAUUCUUGACCAUUUUCUACACAACUGUUGCACCAACUGCAUCAGUAUUGGAUUAUUAUUAUGCUUUAUUAUUGAAUUAUUGGGUUUCAUUUGGUUUAGGAUAUUUAGUGAGUAUUUUAGUGAAUCCAAGUAAUGCACAAUUGACAACAGUAGUGAUUGUUUUCAUUAUUAAUAUUUUCAGUGGUAUGACUACACCAUUACCAACAUUGAGGGACAUGUAUUUCCCAAUCAAAUACUUCCCAGAUGUUUCCUAUUUGAAAUAUAGUCAUGAAACAAUCUAUCUCAAUGAAAUUCUAUCCUACAAACAUUUAUAUGACUUGAAUACAAGUUUGAAGAAUAUGGGAUAUAAUUGGGAUAAUAUUGAUACUAAUCCAUUAGUCUUGUUGGCGUUUGGUUUCUUAUUUAGAAUUCUUGCAUUCAUUGCCAUGGUUUGUGUUAAACCAUCAAGUUUAUUCAAAUUGGUUUACUUUUCCUCUCAAAACUUUGUACUUGAAAAAUUCAGAUAUCUUGCCAAAACUCUUGCCAAAUGGAGAGAGAAUAGAAGAUUGGCUAGGAAAUCAUAUGACAGUGGUAGUUUGAAUCCUUCAGAAUCUUCAGACUCUCUCACUACAAAUUAAUCUCAAUAAUAAAAUCAAAAAUAGAUUAAAUAG